AUGUCCUCACAAGCCCUCAGGCGAGGUUACCGGGAUCUGAAACAUCGAUCAGAAGCUCAUGAGGAGUUGAUUGAGCUUCUCAGGAACCUGCCAGACCAGGAGGCCCAGUACGUCCUGCACAGGCUGCGAUCCGGGUCUGGCGUCAAGGCGAUUCUCAACCAAGUCAAGGCGGGGGACCUCCUACUUCAGCUGGCUGUUUCUCCCGAGACCCAAUUUCGAUACGAAUUCCCAUACAGAUCGGAAAUGCCCCAAGACGUGAUCAUAGACAACCCUUACCUAGACUCGUUGGUCUACGAGGCCGCAUCACUCUACUCCCCAACUCAGCAGCCAAAAUCUUCAGAAAACACCAGCACGAGCCGAGCACGCGGUUGGAGAUCCGUUGAAUACCGGAGCCUCUACCUAAAGCCAUUCCACGCGGCACAAGUCAUUGAGCCUCGGCUUUCUAACGCGCGACCAUCGUUGUGGACCACCGUCUGCGACGACGACGUGCUCAUGCGAGAUCUCCUCGGCGUGUUUUUCCGCUGCGAAUACCACUUCACCGCGGCAUUCCAGAAAGACUACCUCCUAGAGGACAUGAUUGCACAACGAGACGACUUCUGCUCAUCGCUACUCGUCAACGUCACUCUGGCGUAUUCUUGCGCCUGCUACCACCGAUUUAAGAACCGCGCCGAGUACUGGAAUCCGCAAACGCUCAUGUAUCGUUUCCUUGCCGAGGCCAAACGACUCUGGGAACUCGAGGCUCCCAAGCCACGCAUCACUACGAUACAAGCUGGCAUCAUCUUCAGUGUUAUCCACAACCUCUGUGGCUUGGACGAGAUUGGCCAGGCAUAUCGAAUCCAUGGCCUUGCCCUGGCUCAUGAACUUCAGCUCUUCGACGGCACCAUAGAUCAAUUUGAGCAAAGCGAAAGAAUGCGGAACGGCAGGGCGUACGCCGCGUGGGCAUUGUACAACUGGGAAACCCUUGUCGGCUUCUCCUUUAUGUUCCCACCUUUGCUCAGGAAGCCUCCCGAUCAGCCCCUGCCAGAUCCAUCGGAAAAUGCAGAAUGGUAUGGUGAGAUAUGGGUCAAUUAUCCGGGAAAUCAAAACCUGUCACCGUCGUACUUUGGUCACAUGUUCAAGGCGAGGUCUCAAUUCCGGGUUAUCAUGAAUGAAGCCUGUCAUAUCGCGUACACAAAAGGCUCGAAAAUGACGCUUGAACAAGCCAGCGGACUUUACUCGCGGUUGAGAAGCUGGUACGAGGGCUUGCCAGGACCACUCCAGCCAAAGACGAUCGUCCUUCCUGGACACUUGCAACUUCACAUGUACUACCACAAUCUCAUACUAUCCAUUUAUGAACCGUUGCUCGACUUGAGAAAGAACCAGAAUCAACAAGAGUCCCUGCAGCAGAUUAUCAGUGAUUCCAGCAAAGGUCUCCAAACCCUCGUCCGACUGUAUUACCUCCGGCACGGAUUCGACGCCAUGGAUCUUUUUAUCGUCAUACCGCUCGUUCUCGCUGGCUUCAAGUGCAUUGACGCCAUUAGCGACCAAAUACCCGAGCCUAAGCUCCGAGACCUACGGUCCACCCUCGUCCUGGUUGUCAAGGGGCUGUACAACCAGCGCCGGAACCACUACCUGGCGGAGGCGCUGUACCGCGUCGUCCGGGGACGGAUGCGGCCCCAAGAAGUCGCCCUGCUGAAGGAGAUGGUGGACCUCGGCGAUGACGACGACGACAUGGUGGCUGGGAGGCAGGCCAUGACGCAGACAGUGCGGAGCCACUGGCCGGUCAGCAUCGUCAGGAAAGACGAGGACGUGGAGGAAUACGUUCUGAAGAACCUCGUGGAAAAUUAUGCUCAUCUCAACAUGGAAGACGAGACAUCGCAGUCCUCUCGGUGA